CCAAGCCCAUUGCCAACGUGGCAAGUGACAGCCUACGACGACAAGAUUGUCAUUUGUUGCGUUGCAAAAACUCAAACAGAUAAUAUUAUAGAAAAGAAAAAGAAGAUAACCCCAUUAAACUACCACUUUGAUAAACACUUCUUCUUCUUCCGCUUUAUGCUGAACUAGUGAAAAAAUGGCUUCUUUGAUAGUGGGACAGCUUGUUUUUCCAUCAGAAAAUGGUUACAAAGUGUGGGAAGAUCAGUCUUUUUUUAAAUGGAGAAAAAGAGAUCCUCAUGUUACUUUGCAUUGCCAUGAAUCUGUUGAAGGAUCUCUUAGAUACUGGUAUGAACGCAAUAAAGUGGAUCUUUCAGUAUCCAACACUGCAGUUUGGAACGAUGAUGCCGUUCAGAAAGCACUUGACAGUGCUGCUUUUUGGGUCAAUGGCUUGCCUUUUGUCAAGUCUUUGUCUGGUUAUUGGAAAUUUUUCUUGGCUUCCAAUCCUAAUGCUGUUCCAAAGAAUUUUUAUGAAAGUGCAUUUCAGGAUUCUGAUUGGGAAACUUUGCCAGUUCCUUCCAAUUGGCAAAUGCAUGGAUUUGAUCGGCCUAUUUAUACAAAUGUUGUUUAUCCAAUUCCGCUUGAUCCUCCUCAUGUUCCUAUAGAUAACCCUACAGGCUGCUACAGGACAUACUUUCACAUUCCUGAACCAUGGCAGGGUCGCAGGAUUUUGUUGCACUUUGAAGCAGUUGAUUCUGCCUUCUGUGCGUGGAUAAAUGGGGUCCCUGUUGGAUACAGUCAGGAUAGUAGAUUGCCCGCUGAGUUUGAAAUAACAGAAUAUUGUUAUUCAUGUGAUUCGGACAAGAAGAAUGUUCUAGCUGUUCAAGUAUUUAGAUGGAGUGAUGGAUCUUACCUUGAAGACCAAGAUCAUUGGUGGUUAUCUGGUAUACACCGUGAUGUGCUUCUCCUUUCUAAGCCACAGGUCUUCAUAGCGGAUUACUUUUUCAAAUCAAGCCUGGCUUACAAUUUUUCUUAUGCUGAUAUACAGGUUGAAGUGAAAAUAGAUUGCUCAAGAGAAAUGAGUAAAGACAAAGUGCUUACGGACUUUACCAUAGAAGCUGCAUUAUUUGAUGCUGGGGUCUGGUACAACCAUGAUGGAAAUGUUGAUCUGCUUUCUUCGAAUGUGGCUAACAUAGUGCUCAAAACUGUCCCGACUGGAACCCUAGGAUUUCAUGGUUAUGUGCUUGUGGGGAAACUGGAAAAGCCCAAGCUGUGGUCUGCUGAACAACCAAAUUUGUAUACACUGGUUAUCAUACUUAAGGAUGCAUCUGGCAACGUAGUUGACUGUGAAUCAUGCCUAGUUGGUGUAAGACAAGUAUCUAAAGCCCCAAAACAAUUGCUUGUUAAUGGGCAUCCUGUUGUAAUAAGAGGUGUGAACAGGCAUGAGCAUCAUCCACGUCUGGGGAAGACAAACAUAGAGUCUUGCAUGGUGAAAGAUUUGGUUGUAAUGAAGCAAAACAAUAUCAACGCUGUGAGAAACAGCCACUAUCCUCAACAUCCCCGUUGGUAUGAGUUGUGUGACCUGUUCGGUAUCUAUAUGAUAGAUGAAGCCAAUAUUGAGACGCAUGGUUUUGAUCUUUCGGGACAUGUGAAGCAUCUUACUCAGGAACCUGGUUGGGCCGCUGCAAUGAUGGACCGUGUUAUUGGCAUGGUGGAAAGGGACAAAAAUCAUGCAUGCAUAUUUUCUUGGUCCUUAGGAAAUGAGUCUGGAUAUGGACCUAAUCAUUCUGCUUCAGCUGGAUGGAUUCGUGGAAGGGAUCCUUCAAGACUAGUCCAUUAUGAAGGUGGUGGGUCCAGGACCUCAUCUACCGAUAUUAUAUGCCCUAUGUAUAUGCGUGUCUGGGACAUAGUGAAGAUUGCAAAAGAUCCAAAUGAGACACGUCCUUUGAUAUUGUGCGAGUAUUCACAUGCAAUGGGAAACAGCAAUGGAAAUAUACAUGAAUAUUGGGAAGCAAUUGAUAACAUAUUUGGCCUCCAAGGUGGCUUUAUAUGGGAUUGGGUUGACCAGGGCCUACUGAAGGACAAUGAAGAUGGUAGUGAAUAUUGGGCAUAUGGUGGUGACUUUGGGGAUUCUCCCAAUGAUUUAAAUUUUUGCUUGAAUGGCCUUACAUGGCCCGAUCGAACUCCUCAUCCUGCCUUACAUGAGGUUAAGUAUGUCUAUCAACCAAUCAAGGUUUCUAUAGGCGAAAGCAUGAUUAAGAUAAAGAACACUAAUUUUUAUGAGACAACUGAAGGAGUGGAGUUCAAAUGGGCUGCUCAUGGUGAUGGUUGUGAACUUGGAUGUGGAAUUCUCUCUCUGCCAGUAAUAGAGCCCCAGAGCAGUUAUGAUAUAGAAUGGAAGUCAGGUCCAUGGUAUCCUCUAUGGGCUUCCUCCGAUGCUGAAGAAAUAUUUUUAACAAUCACUGCUAAGCUUUUGCACUCCAAACGGUGGGUUGACGCUGGUCAUGUUGUUUCAUCUACACAAGUCCAGUUGCUGGCGAAAAGAGAUAUUGUACCUCAUAUCAUCAAAACAAAAGAUGAUGUCCUUUCCACUGAAAUUCUUGGGGAUAAUAUCAGAAUUAGCCAGCAGAAGUUAUGGGGAAUUACAUUGAAUGUGAAAACUGGAAGUCUUGACAGCUGGAAGGUUCAAGGUGUCUCAAUAUUGAAAAAUGGCAUAAUUCCAUGCUUUUGGCGAGCACCCACUGAUAAUGACAAAGGGGGAGGUCCGAGUAGUUAUUACUCUAGGUGGAAAGCUGCGCAUAUGGAUGACAUAGUUUUCCUUAGAGAAAGCUGUUCUAUACAAGAAAAGACUGACCAUGCUGUGAAAAUAGUGGUUGUUUACCUUGGUGUUUCUAAGGGUGAGAAUGGUCCUUUAAAUGAGUUGGAAAAAGCAGAUGCUUUAUUCGAAAUUGACAUGCUUUACACAAUCCAUGCUUCUGGUGACAUCAUUAUUGACUCCAAUGUAAAACCAAGUUCUAGUCUUCCUCCUUUACCACGUGUUGGAGUUGAAUUUCACCUGGAAAAAUCAGUGGACCAGGUUAAAUGGUAUGGAAGAGGGCCAUUUGAGUGUUAUCCAGAUCGAAAAGCAGCUGCCCAAGUUGGGGUUUAUGAGCAGACAGUGGAUGACAUGCAUGUUCCUUACAUUGUUCCUGGGGAAUCUGGGGGUAGGGCAGAUGUCAGAUGGGUGACAUUUCAAAACAAGGAUGGAUAUGGAAUUUAUGCUUCAACUUAUGGCAAAUCUCCACCUAUGCAAAUGAAUGCAAGUUAUUACAGCACAACAGAGCUUGACCGGGCAACACGCAAUGAAGAGCUUAUCAAAGGGGAUAGCAUUGAGGUGCAUCUUGACCACAAGCACAUGGGAAUAGGCGGAGAUGAUAGCUGGACACCCUGUGUACAUGAAAAGUAUCUGAUUCCGGCUGUGCCAUACUCAUUCUCUAUCAGGUUGUGUCCGGUCACUGCAGCUACCUCCGGCCAAAACAUCUACAAAUCCCAACUUCAAAAUUGAGUCCAUCCUUUUGUGUUUGCUGGUAAUUGCGAAAUAUUGAAAUAAUGAGAAUGUAUCUAGUUGACUAAUAAGCUGCUUUCAUUGACUUUUCCUUUUUUUUUUUUUUGUAAGAAUGAUAAUUCGGUUGGCUUGUGUCUUUUAGUUAUUAAUCUUUGAACUUAUUUCUUGCUUGUAGUUUUGGGCUGCUAGGAAGGCAUAGCAAACAAAAUACACUAGCAAAUUAUAUUAUAUAAAUAAAUCAUAUGAAAGUAGUAAGAUCUACUAAUCAGUUUAUGUCCUUGCAAAUUAA